AUGAGGACGACCACACUUCACACUCUCACCUGGGUGGCAGUCAGCGUUGGGGCCAUGCAACUUCAGACCCCUCUAUACUCAUCAUAUUCUUUCAACCCCCUACAGCAUCUCGCGGGAAUCGCACCCUACUACGAGCCAGCAGAUCCCCCGCGAGAUCCUAACCCUCCUCAAGGCUGCGCCGUGACUCGAGCGGCAUACCUUGUACGGCACGCAGCCAUUAAUGCAAACGAUUUUGACUACGAGCAGUAUCUGCAGCCCUUCCUCGAAAAGCUAGGCAAUUCGACUGUCGACUGGUCUAAAAUACCUCAGCUCUCUUUCUUGGCAACGUGGGAAGCCCCAUCCUUUGGCGAGCAGGAGCUAUUGACCAGAACCGGCAAGGUCGAGGCCGGCCAACUGGGACUCUCCAUCUCGUACAGGUAUCCGAAGCUGCGAUUGCCUCAGAGGGUGUGGACCUCGAGUGCAGAACGCACGGUACAGAGCGCCAGAGGUUUCGUUCGAGGGUUGGAGAUGGACGACAACACCAUCAACGUAGUCGAGAUAUCAGAAGGCAAGGAGGCCGGCGCGGAUAGUCUGACUCCAUACAAGAGCUGCAAAGGCUAUUCUGCUGCCGCGGGAUCCAAACAGCAAGGAGAGUACGUCGGCCUAUACACGGCACCCAUAAUCACGCGGUUGAAGAACCUGGCUCCAGGCUUCAACUUCACGUCGGACGACGUCACGGCCAUGCAGGCCAUGUGCGGCUACGAUACCGUCAUCCGUGGGUCUUCGCCGUUCUGCUCGACCGAUCUGUUCUCGCCAGACGAGUGGCUGCAAUUCGAGUACGGCCAAGACAUCCAGUACCACUACAACACCGGCUACGGCAGCCCGUACGCCGGUGCCAUUGGUUUCCCGUGGGUCAACACGACGCUGGACCUCUUGUCGGCCGACACAUCAGCCCAAGAUCUGUACAUCUCCUUCACGCAUCGCGAGCUUCCCCCAACCGCCCUCGUCGCCCUGGGCCUGUUCAACAACAGCAUCUUCUCCGGCGGCAGUGACGUCAACGCCACCAUGCCCCUGGACCAAAUCAACUACAACCGUGCUUGGGUCUCAAGCCGCAUUCUCCCAUUCCUGACCAACAUUGCCAUUGAGCGCAUGAACUGCACCUCCAACCAGACCGUUUCCACCGCCCAGAACAAGAACGGUAGCAGCUCUUCUCCUGCUUCCGCGUCGACGUACUACCGUGUCCUGCUCAACCGGAGCCCCCAAGUCCUGCCGGGCUGUUUCGACGGGCCAGGCCAGAGCUGUUCAUCGAAAGGGCUGCAGACGUUUAUGCAGCAGCGCGCAGACAUGUUUCGGAACUACACCAGUGUUUGCGGGAACACAUAUGGCAAUUCCACGGAUUCAGUGACAUUCUAUACCGACUCGAAUAACGGAACCAGUGUGAGCAAGAAAAGAAACUUGAUGCCAUAG